AUGAGGACUCCACAUCGGUUUAGAGCUCUGUUGUACAAAGAACUCAUCGGUAUUGUCUCCACAUCCGCACUUGAUAAGAUUCAGGUAGAAGCCAAAAAAAUUGGUUGGAUCGAGAUUGACCCGGAUCAUUUUACUAUUACUCCCUAUGUAGAGGAAAAUGCACAUAAGACUGUGAUUGAAUUGGAGCUUGACAUGCUUAUGAAUAUGUUUUUCAAGUCCAUUGAGACACAAAAAGUGGAAAUAAAGAAGCGCCUACAAGCCUUGACUAAUCCUGGUGCAACUUCCUUAAUUGAGUCGGUAACAAAAGUGGAUCUAAGAGGUAGGAAGAAAAAAAAGAGGGUGAAGAAGACCAUUGUGACACUAGAAGAAUCAAUUAAGUGCAAUCCAUCUGGAUUUGAGUAUGUUCUUGAAUCGUUUGAGGAAAGUCAAACAAAGCUAGUUAUUAACUAA